UUGCUUCUGUCUUUGAUAGACUCUUUGCUGCCAAGUGCAGCGGCUGCAUGGAGAAGAUCGCCCCCACGGAGUUUGUGAUGCGGGCCCUGGAGUGCGUCUACCACCUAGGCUGCUUCUGUUGCUGUGUCUGCGAGCGACAACUGCGGAAAGGGGACGAGUUUGUGCUGAAGGAAGGGCAGUUGCUCUGCAAGAGCGACUACGAGAAGGAAAAGGAUUUGCUCAGCUCCGUCAGUCCCGACGACUCCGACUCAGUGAAAAGUGAUGACGAAGAUGGAGAUGUCAAACCAACCAAAGGCCAAACAAACCCAGGGAAGGGCGGUGAUGAUGGGAAGGAUCCAAGGAGGCCCAAGCGGCCACGGACGAUACUCACUACGCAGCAAAGGAGAGCUUUCAAAGCGUCUUUUGAAGUGUCCUCCAAACCUUGUCGGAAGGUCAGAGAGACGCUAGCAGCUGAAACAGGUCUCAGUGUCCGUGUUGUCCAAGUGUGGUUUCAGAAUCAGAGAGCAAAGAUGAAGAAACUGGCCCGGCGGCAUCAGCAGCAGCAGGAACAGCAGAAUUCACAGCGGCUGGGUCAAGAAGUAAUGUCCAACCGGAUGGAAGGGAUGAUGACGUCGUACACGCCGCUCGCGCCACCGCAGCAGCAGAUUGUCGCGAUGGACCAGAGCACCUACGCCACGGACCCCUUCCAGCAAGGUCUCACCCCACCACAAAUGCCAGGUGACCACAUGAAUCCCUAUGGGAACGACUCCAUUUUCCAUGACAUCGACAGCGAUACCUCUUUAACCAGCUUGAGCGAUUGUUUCCUGGCCUCCUCGGAAGUAAACUCCAUGCAGGCCAGGGUAGGCAACCCUAUUGACAGGCUGUACUCUAUGCAGAGUUCGUACUUUGCUUCAUGAAACCCAAGGGAAGCAAACGGAAGCAAGCAAAACACAACAAGAGACCCCCAUUCCCCAAAAAAACAAAACACUGAUUGUCACGAGAAACUUUCCCCGCAACCUCGUUCCUCAACCGAGACUCUUACAGCCAUAUUUUCUUCUGCUCUUCCUUCGCACUGACUUUGGGCACUGUGUUGACAGGAGCAUCAAAUUGAGGGAGACUCUAGUAAAGGCGACGCAAACGCACAUGCAUCCCGUCGGAAGGUACAGAACUGGCACUCCGAAACGAUACCGCCGCAUUCGGGUCAAGGAGCGAUACCGAGAUCGAAAGAAGCACCCAACUCAACCUCUCCAAGAAGUCCUCUAUUUGAUGUCUUCUUGCAAAAGAAGUGGGAAUUUUCGGAGAUAAAAUGCCUUGGGGAUCGUUUUCCAAUCUGUGGACAUUCAAUGACCGCCAUUUUGUUUUUAGCUAAUGUUAGGAAAGGACUUGGAGAAACUAGAGAAUGCCCUCCUUGCUCUUUCUCACCUUCCGUUGUGAACCAAUGGGACCUCGGAACUGCGAAAUAUCGAAACGUAGCUGCGACUUCCAAGCGAGCGUCCCCAUUUUUGGUAUUAUUUGCCCCCCAUAAUUGACCCUCUCCAACAAAUAGUUGAACCCCCUUGUACUGUAUGGCGAGGGAGAGGGGUGGGGAGACAGCUUGAAGACUUUUGGGAGGAUAGAGAGAGAGAAAACAGUCAUGUUAUAAUAAUUAUUAUCGUAUUUAAUUAAAGAAAGAACUAGAAAGAUGCAUGAGAAGGGAGUAUGGCACAACAAUGAUUCCGAGAUACACAACUUUUCCUUCGUGUGAACAUAAAAUUGUAACUUUCCCCAAAAACUCACUGAUCCGUUGCCAAGUUUCAUAUCUCCCCCUCUCCUCCCCCUUUGAUUGGCAGUCAUCUGUUGGCCAUUCCCUUCUGUUUAUACCCAUCGGUGAGAACUACACUACACACGGUUGUCCUGGUAUGAAUGCAUCAGGAAAGUCUUUCAUUCCUAUUUCUUUCCCUCACUUGGAAAAAAAUUCCUUGUGCCCCUUGAGGGUCUUCUGAAAUGUCAAUCAAGUAGCUACGAAUAAAACAAGAUCUUAUGGGA